UAACUCCUCCAAAAUGGGUCCUUUGCCAGUCUCCUUCUGCAAGAGAAAAAUCCAAAGACAAGAAACCCUAUAUCCGCAUUUCUAUCUUUCGCUUUCGUGCCAGCUUUCGCUUUCCCAAAAACAUUGUAAGUGGGCUGUGGUUUCUGAGAUUUCUCUCUAGAAAACGCGUUUCUGGACCGCCGGGGAUCUUCGGAUCGGCUUUUGUACUGAGAUUUUUGCGUUUUUUACAGCUAAAAAUGCUAUAAUAAGCUUCGAAGAAUAGAAAAGAACUCUUCAGUUGGCGUGUAGGGCUUGGACUUUUGCUUCGGACCUGGUCGCCAUGAAAGCUUCAGACACUUGGACUCCAUCUCAGCGGUUUCGCUGUUGAAAGUUUCAGAUCGUCGUUAUCAGCUGUCUUUUAUUUAUAAGAUUAGUGGAAGAUCGGACGGGAUCUACUAUAAAAGGUACGUUUUUGAAGCUUCAUUUCUACGGAUCCAGUUGGAGGAUCGUUUUGGAAGUGAACGAUGCGAUUCGGAAUGAAAAUCGCUCGAUUCCGUGAGAGAUUGAGAAUCCGGGAUCAGUCUCUGCUAGUUGUUAAAUAUGGCUUCUGAUUCUUUCAAAGGUAGCCGCUCUUCUCGAUCAAUGGCAUCAGCAUCAGAUAUUGAAUUGCAGCAGGGCAAGCCUCCUCUUCCUCCGACUGUCGCUUUUGCUCGGCGAACUUCCUCAGGCCGUUACCUCAAUUUCUCAAGGGAUGACCUUGACAGUGAACUUGGCAGCGUUGACUAUGCCAGUUACACUGUUCACAUUCCACCAACCCCCGACAACCAGCCAAUGGAUCCAUCAAUCUCAGCAAAGGUCGAAGAACAGUAUGUUUCAAAUUCUCUCUUCACAGGCGGAUUCAAUAGUGUCACUCGAGCUCAUCUCAUGGACAAGGUGAUUGAGUCCGAGGCGAGCCAUCCGCAGAUGGCUGGCGCCAAGGGGUCCUCAUGCGCAAUACCUGGCUGUGAUUCAAAGGUCAUGAGUGACGAGCGUGGGGUAGACAUCCUCCCCUGCGAAUGCGACUUUAAGAUCUGUAGGGACUGCUUUCUGGAUGCUGUGAAGUCUGGAGGUGGGAUUUGCCCAGGCUGUAAGGAUCCUUAUAAGGCGACAGAUUUGGAUGAGUUGAACAUGGAUACAGGGCGUCCACUUCCGCUGCCACCACCAAAUGGGAUGUCGAAGAUGGAGAGGAGGUUGUCUUUGAUGAAAUCCACCAAGUCGGUGUUGAUGAGGAGUCAGACAGGUGAUUUUGAUCACAACCGCUGGCUGUUUGAAACAAAGGGGACUUACGGGUAUGGAAAUGCUAUCUGGCCAAAGGAUGGGGGUUUCGGAAACGAGAAUGAUGAAGGGGCUGAAGUGGCACCCACAGAACUGAUUAACAAGCCAUGGAGGCCACUUACACGCAAAUUGAAGAUCCCUGCUGCGGUUCUCAGCCCAUAUAGGCUUCUCAUCUGUGUUCGAAUGGUUGCUCUCGGCCUGUUUCUAGCAUGGCGAAUCAACCAUAAAAAUGAGGAUGCGAUCUGGCUAUGGGGGAUGUCUGUUGUAUGUGAGCUGUGGUUUGCAUUCUCUUGGCUACUCGAUCAGCUCCCCAAACUGUGCCCCAUUAACCGUUCCACUGAUCUUGCUGUCCUGAAAGAGAAGUUUGAAGAACCAGGCCCUCACAAUCCCACUGGAAAGUCUGAUCUUCCGGGGAUAGAUAUCUUUGUCUCCACUGCCGACCCAGAAAAGGAACCUCCUUUGGUCACGGCAAAUACAAUUCUGUCCAUUCUUGCAGCCGAUUACCCUGUUGAGAAGCUCGCUUGCUAUGUCUCAGAUGAUGGAGGUGCUCUUCUGACCUUUGAAGCAAUGGCCGAAGCUGCGAGCUUUGCUGACCUCUGGGUCCCCUUCUGCCGGAAACAUGGCAUUGAACCCAGGAACCCGGAAAGUUAUUUCAAUUUGAAGAGGGAUCCUUACAAGAACAAGGUGCGUCCAGAUUUUGUCAAGGAUCGGAGACGUGUAAAACGAGAGUAUGACGAGUUCAAGGUCCGCAUCAAUGGUCUUCCAGAUUCAAUACGUCGUCGAUCUGAUGCAUUUCAUGCUCGAGAGGAAAUUAAAGCCAUGAAGCUCGAAAGACAAAAUGUGAAUGAUGAACCAGCUGAACGUGUGAAGAUCCCAAAAGCUACUUGGAUGGCAGAUGGCACUCACUGGCCUGGCACUUGGAUGGUUCCUUCACCCGAGCACUCUAAGGGCGACCACGCUGGGAUUAUACAGGUGAUGCUGAAGCCCCCAAGUGACGAGCCAUUAAGAGGGACCUCUGAUGACUCCAAGCUCCUUGACUUCACCGAUGUUGACAUCCGUCUGCCCUUACUGGUUUAUGUUUCCCGUGAGAAGCGGCCUGGCUAUGACCACAACAAGAAGGCCGGUGCAAUGAAUGCCCUUGUUCGUGCCUCUGCCAUCAUGUCCAAUGGGCCCUUCAUCCUCAACCUUGACUGCGAUCACUACAUUUACAAUUCUCAGGCCAUGAGGGAGGGUAUGUGCUUCAUGAUGGACCGAGGUGGGGACCGCCUCUGCUACGUCCAGUUCCCACAGAGGUUUGAAGGCAUCGACCCUUCUGAUCGAUAUGCCAACCACAACACUGUCUUCUUCGAUGUCAACAUGCGCGCCCUUGAUGGCCUCCAGGGCCCUGUCUAUGUCGGCACUGGAUGCCUCUUCCGCCGGAUUGCCCUCUAUGGCUUCGAUCCUCCUCGCUCUAAAGAGCACCAUCCUGGAUGCUGCAGCUGCUGCUUUUCCCGCCGCAAGAAGCCUGCGGCUGUUGCCUCCGAAGAGAACCGUGCACUGAGGAUGGGAGACUCUGAUGAAGAAGACAUGAACAUCUCUCAGUUCCCUAAGAAAUUCGGUAAUUCUACGUUCCUUGUUGAUUCAAUCCCAGUGGCAGAGUACCAAGGCCGGCCUCUCGCUGAUCACCCAGCAGUGAAGAAUGGCCGCCCACCAGGAGCUCUCACCAUCCCGCGAGAGCUGCUUGACGCAUCAACAGUUGCAGAGGCAAUCAGUGUCAUCUCGUGUUGGUAUGAAGAUAAAACAGAAUGGGGUGAGCGUGUUGGGUGGAUUUAUGGGUCUGUGACGGAAGACGUGGUCACUGGUUAUCGGAUGCACAACAGAGGGUGGAAAUCGGUUUACUGUGUGACCAAACGUGACGCUUUCCGAGGCACUGCACCAAUCAACCUCACGGAUCGGCUGCACCAGGUCCUCCGCUGGGCCACUGGCUCCGUCGAGAUCUUUUUCUCUCGCAACAACGCCCUCCUUGCCAGCCCAAGGAUGAAGUUCUUGCAGAGGAUUGCAUAUCUAAACGUUGGAAUCUACCCAUUCACCUCCAUCUUCCUGAUUGUCUACUGUUUCCUUCCUGCGCUCUCACUCUUUUCUGGCCAAUUCAUAGUCCAGACGCUCAAUGUCACAUUCCUUGCCUACCUCCUGAUCAUCACCGUGACCCUCUGCAUGCUGGCCGUGCUUGAGAUCAAGUGGUCGGGCAUCGAACUGGAAGAAUGGUGGCGAAAUGAACAGUUCUGGUUGAUCGGAGGGACAAGUGCACAUCUCGCCGCAGUCCUUCAAGGGCUUCUGAAGGUGAUCGCAGGAAUCGAGAUCUCCUUCACUCUCACAUCGAAAUCAGCCGGUGAUGAUGUGGAUGAUGAGUUUGCCGACCUGUACAUUGUCAAGUGGACGUCACUCAUGAUACCGCCAAUCGUGAUCAUGAUGACGAACCUUAUUGCCAUAGCCGUUGGUGUCAGCCGAACAAUAUACAGCGUGAUACCACAGUGGAGUAGGCUCCUAGGCGGUGUUUUCUUCAGCUUCUGGGUCUUGGCGCAUCUCUACCCCUUCGCCAAAGGGCUGAUGGGGAGGAGGGGUAGGACCCCGACAAUCGUCUUUGUGUGGUCAGGGCUCAUUGCCAUUACUAUCUCGCUCCUUUGGGUGGCGAUCAAUCCUCCAUCCGGCACUACGCAGAUUGGGGGGUCAUUCCAGUUCCCGUGAUUCAACAACAUUCGAGUUCCUCUCUGAUGUUCUUUCAUCAUCAAUUCUUUUUACUCGCAAGAACAGCAGCGAUCUUGUUGCUUGCUUUGGCCAAGGUUCACCAGUUCUACGGCAACCAAGGAGGGUGGUCGAUGUAUGUAAAGGAGGCAGGUACAGAUCAUGGCCUUUGAACUUAGUGGCGUUUUUUUUCCUACAUUUUUUUAUUUCAUUUGAUUUAUGAUUAGUAUAGCUGAAGUAUAGUACUUUGGAUAGGUUAGAGGUGUGUGGACAUGGAAUGGAAGGGAUUUUUUCCUUUUAAUUAUUUUGAGCAGUGAGGAUGACCGUUUUGGGGUGGGCCAUUUCUCUGUGGGAUUCAAACAAGUAUCCUGGAAAAACUAUUCUGAUUUUUGCACAGGAAUGUUCCGUUUCUUUUCAUUGCUGACGGCAUUUCUGAAAAUAAAGUCAGAGUUGCUUGUGCUUGA